AUGCUCAAAACUAGCAAGACGCUGACAGCACUUCUCCCGUCGCUGAGUUUUGGUGUGAACAAGACGGACUUCUUCACGAAUCUGUGGAGCAAACCCCAAACGCGCGAUGAGCGAGUAAAAGAGUACGUGCCAGAGGUACUGGAGGAGAGUCUUGUCGAGCAGCACGCGGUACUCGAGGAGCGCACAUCGCGCGACACCAUCGUCGAGCUGGGCAACAAGAUCCUGCAGGAGAUGGACAACAAGAGCCCCACCCCAAACAUCGCGCCACACCUCAACAGGCUGUUGCUCGAAUACGGCGUAAAGGACGUGAUCGCACAGAGGCCACUGAGUUACUUGUUGUACCCCAACUCGUCAGCACUGUCGGCUGGGGAGCAGGCGCAUGAGCUCGUGUCUAGUUUUCCAGACAACUUCCGGGCCAUGAUUGAGGAGGUGGAGCGCAACGGCUGCUCAGCCAAAAUACCAGCUCCUCUGCUCUCCACGUCAGAAGCCCAUGCGCUUAAGGCAGCACCUUCGGUAGCAGUAGCUGGGCACGACCCCACGUCAAGUGUGGAUCUGGGCAGUGGUGCGGCGACUUCAGGAGAGCCUGAGUCCCCUGCACCUAGCGGCUCAACCCCUGGCGACGACAAGGCUUCCUCGCCGUCACGGCGGCGUGCGGACAGUGUUAUUAUGGCCUCCAAGGACGAAUACGAGCCGAUGGAUAUUACAAUGUUUGUGAAAGUGGCUGCUGGCUUGGCCAUGGCGAACUUGCACUGCGGCGACAUGCGCAACGCCGUACGCUGUGUUGACGCUGGUAUCGCCUACGCCAAGGAGGCGUCCCGUCUCGGUGGGUUGCUGGGGCUGAAAGCGGGUCUGCUUGUGCACCAAAAAAAGUUUGUGGAGGCUGCCCACUGCGCACAGUUGGCGGUCGAGGCCUCGGGAAAUAUGCAGGGCUACCUUCAUGGUGCCUACGCCCUGCGCAAGCUGAGCCGUCUGGAGGAGGCAGUGGCGCUGCUCGAGCGGGGCCGCGAGGACCACCCUAUGAACACACAGUUCGAGGCCCAGAUUGAGGCUAUUCAGAAGGAACGCAAGCUCACACUCCCGGCAUCCUCCUCACUUUCAUCAACCAACACGGACGCAGCCCAAGAAGCGCUUCCGACGACGUGA